ACACAAUCCAAAGGGUCGCAAAGCUGUUGCUGGGGUUGUCUCAUGAGUUUUUCUCUGGGAUAACUCCGCCCGGGCCCCGUCAAUCUUUCUUUUGUGCAUCCUUCUUUUCGCUUCGGUAUCUUCUAGUCCUUCGUUCUUUCUCGUCACUCCCUAUCAAGUCGAAGCAGCGGCGACCGUCCUUCCCUUUGCCGCGCUUCCCACUGUCCCGCAGGCUUUAGGCACCAGUACGAAAUUCUUCCGUCUCGCUACGGCCGAGUACCGCCAACGAACCGCAGACUGCCACCAUGUUCAAGCGCUCGUUCCGAAGCCGCGACGCCAGCGUCUCUCACCGAGAGGCUGCCUCGGCGGCGAUGGAUUCACAGCAUCGGGUGGACAAGUCUACGAGGCUGACGAGGAAGGGUACCUCGCGGGAUCCGCAGAAAGUGUCGAGAUUGCAACGGUCGCUCAAGGACGAGGAGUCCUCGCGCCUGCGGCCCGAGCAGGCGAGGCUCGCUGACAAGUCCCUCGCCCCCUCGCCCAUCGUCACCCUGGUGGUGGGCCGGGAUGCGCGGCUGUUUGCAGCGCACGAAAACGUGCUGUGCCAGGCGCCAUUUUUUGAAAAGGUCCUGCGCAGCACAUACGUCGAUGCGCAGAACAAGAGGAUCAUGCUCCCGGACGAGGAGCCCGAAGUCUUUAGCGCGGUCCUCGAGUAUCUUUACAAGGGCGACUACUACCCGCGCCUGCUCCACAACAAGCAGCGCAACACUUGGGAACUCGAGGACUCGCUGCCCCGUCGGGACACGCCACAAACCUCCCCGACGGUUCACGAAUCACCAAAAUCCGGAGGUGGUCGCGCAGGCCAAACACCCCAGACCCCUUCGGCUGUCGAGGCGACCGUGUACCUCUCGAGCAUCGGUCAGCACCUGCUCCGCGACACUGUCAUCUACUGCACCGCGGAGCGCUACGGGCUGGAGGAGCUCAAGAAGCUGGCGCUGCGGAAGCAGGGGCUGCAGUCGGGCAUCGACGUCGGCACCAUCCUCCGCAGCGCGCAGUACUGCUACGCUAACACGCCCGACUCGGACAGCCGCCUGCGCGCCCAUUACCUGGCGCUCAUCAUCCGGUGCCGCAAGACCUUCAAGCGCAGCGGCACCAUGCAGGCCGAGAUGGAGAAGUGCGGCAGCGACGUGUACGGCGAGGGCAGCGGCAAGCUCUUCUUCGACCUGUUCGUCGCCAUGUGCAACCACCUCGACGACGUCAUUGAGGCGAGCAACGCGCGGACCCCGAAGACCAUCUGAGAGGCGUAAAACGUCGUACACCGAGGCGUAACAACGAAUAGGUUCCCGGCGUCCUCUUUCCAGGCGUAAUACGGCCAAAUGUCCCGACAGGCUGGAGGACCAGGUUCAGUCAGAGGUUGUGUCUUUUUUCUCUCCUCUGCAUCCGGCGUUUGGGUCUUUUUCUCACCGAAGCUCCCGGCAUCUUGCAUCAGAUUGGAACACCGUUUGGGAGAUCUUUCAUUCACCUGAAACAUCUUCACUUCUCAUGAGGUUGGCCGACCAAUUUUGCAUUCAGGAUCUGCGGAGCGAGAGGGGCUUUAAUGCCGAUACACGAUGUGGGUAUGUCCAGAAAGACACACGCAGCUCGCUGCCCCUCUGCUGUCUCAGUUCUUCUUUCUUGUUUUCGUUUGCGAUUUGGGGAUGCUGGGCUGGUUGUGAUCUUCACGGAACCCCGGCGUUUUUUUUUGGUCCUUUCUGAACCCUGUCAGAUUGGGUGGCGUCGUCGCUAGUCGAACGAAUCGCGAAAACGACGUCGGGGGAAAGGGAAAUCGUUAGCCAGGGAUAUACGGGCUUUCUGUCAAACUCGGCGUCCAACAACAUCGAAAAAAGAUACCACGUCGUUGCGAGUGGCCGCACCUCGACAUCCAAACCCUCACCAACCAUGAAUUGCUUUCCGUUUCUUGCUUUUUGUCUGCUUAAGCUGGGCUUUAUCAGCACGGGAUUGGGCGAUGACAUCUCAGCUUUUCUGUCUUUUCUGGCGUUCGGGGACGUACAAGGCUGGAUUCGGGACCACACACCACUCAGAUUGACCAAUGUGGCAGCGAGGAGGAGCAAGGAAAAGGGGGGACAAAAAUGGUCCAUCCCUUCCUGGCAGCUCCAACCUGCCGUGCAUCGAUACCACUCAAGCGCGCUCGGCCGCACAUGCUUUCUUUUGUCAAAGACAACACAGGCAGUUCGGAUGAUCAUGGUUGGGAAUGAGGGAAGAUGGGGGGGAUAAUAAACGCAACAACCCCCUGGCAGGGAAAAGGGAGAGCCUGCAUGGUUGCCUGCAAUAAUUCGCCGCGCAGAGCAGGGCGGUCAUUCGUUUCUUUUUUCUUGUAACGAUUGAUGAUGAUGACGACCUUCACUUCGUGACAACCCCGGUCUCGGGGCUUUUAUAUCAUCGGGUUGGCAUGGAACUGUUGUUGGUUGAGCUGCCCCUAGAGGGCUGCUCGGCAAUAAUCCUGCCGAUUCCGCAAGGCUCUGAACGGCCCGCUUGAGGGGCUAGGUAAUGGGAGAAUUUCGGCCACCUCC